AUGAACAAGCAUUCCGCAUUUGAGUUUGCGGCCCGUGUGCUCAUUCAUUGGAUAGUGCGACCGUCGCCCGCACUGAACCUGCUGGCGCAACCUAUCAGGAGAGCGGGGGCCUAUCCGGAACCCCAGUUGUACCGCAUGACGGCAGUGCCUGGACAAGCCCAUGGUCAAGCCCACUCCAGAAGACAGGUUGGGCGGUCUGGUGAGGCAGCAAGGCCGAAACGUGGCAAGCCCAGGGACAAGAUCAAGAAGUGCAACGUCCUCUUAGAUUCAAGCACCUGGCAGCCUCUCCGUGCUUUCGUCUGGGCCUUCGGCGCAACAUUGCAGCUGCCCAAGGCAGAUAUAUGA